GCCGCGUGGGCUCCGGCCACUCCCCUGCUCCGUCGGACGCUAUGACGGCGAAUCAGCAGGCGGGCGAAGCCCUGGCGGCCCACAUCUCCGGCUUGACCCGCCCCGAUAUGUACGACCUGAUGUCCCAGACGAAGGCCAUGAUCGAGCACGACCAGGAGAGGGCGCGCCGAAUGCUCGUCGAGAACCCAGAAGUCACCCGCGCGCUUUUCCGGGCCCAAGUAGUUCUCGGAAUGGUGAAAACACCUAAAGCUGAAAAACCUUCAGACAUGGCACAACCAACAGUUGCUCAGAUAACUCCUCCUGCACCCGUUAAAGCUACAGUGAAAGAUCAUGUUAACAUGUCCCAAACCCAGUUACCUACCAAUCACAAGAAUUUGCAACCUUCUGGCCCUUUUCCACCUGGGACUUCAAAUCUGACAACAUCUUUGGACCUUCCUCCUAUGCCAGCAAACCCAGCACAAGCAAAAGGAUACCCUAUCAAUCAUAUGAUUUCUGCAUCAGCACCCCAGUCAUCUCACCAUCCAAAUGUUACCAUGCCUCCUCAUGCUCCUCCACAGUAUUCAAAUGUGCCUUCCCAUAUGCCGAUCGUUCAUAGUCAGCCGCAACAACCUCUGCAAAAUCCUGGAAUGUUUAACCAGCAACUACAGCCACCGUUGCCCCAGUUGCCUAGGCCACCUUCCAUGCAGGCCUAUACACAUCAGAUGCAUCAGCAAGUACCUAAUUCAUUUGGUCAGCACAUGCUGCAACAACCAAUGUAUCAUCCAGGUGGGAAUCCACAAAAUUCUUAUUAUACAGGUCAACAACAAUUAACAAACCAGCCACCACCGUUGCCUAACCAGCCACCGCCACAGCUAUACCAGCAGGGACAGGCCAAUUCACAUGUUAACUCACACUACAAUUCUCAAAGUAUGCAAGUCGAUAGAUCAGCUCCAUGGGGACGUGGCAACCAAGAAGCAUCGUCAGCUGCCUCCCAUUUCCCUGGACAAUUCCCAGGUCUACCUGGACAGAUGGCCCAGGGGAUUGGUACCGCCCAGACGGGUCGCCCAGAAGCACCUUUGACAGCUGACAUGGAAAAGAUGCUAGUACAGCAAGUCUUGAGCAUGUCGCCAGAACAGAUCAAUAUGCUGCCUCCGGAACAACGGCAGCAGGUGCUUCAACUACGAGACAUGCUACGGCAAUGAUGUACACGAGGAGCAGCUGGCCGAGUAGAAGAAUCACAGUUUGAUGGAGCCAUUCGGAUCAUUUGAGUGCUCCAUGCCAGGCGCCCAGAUUUUGCUGUUGCCGUGACCCAUUUUAGCCUUUGUUCAGCUGAUUGACAUCCUUGGUAGUCUGCUGCUUGCCUAGCAAAUAUGAUUGUAGAAUGCUAGUCCAUUCUGUUAUUUACAGGCAGUUGUUUGGACCAUAUAUCCUGGUUGACAAAUGAAGCGGCAUGUUUUGGUAUUCCUUUGCUAUCCCAAUUGUAUGCCAUGUUAUGGUUUAAUU